GGAGAGGUGGUACAGACGGUGACCACGGACUCUCCUCACCAGCUCUCAUUGUGCGAACAGGCGUGAUCCUGAAGGCUCACUAUUUCUCGCGUUCUCGCGAACUGUAGCUGGGGGUUGGGGGUGGGAAGCAAAGUAAAGAGAGGCAUCCACCUCGACCGUGGGGAUGUUGCAGUGACGGCAAAGCGUCCUCCCAGCACUCAGCCGGCAUCGUCAGCUGUUGCGCCUGCAGUGUGGUGAGCAGCAGCCGUGUCGAGAGCAAAGGCAGUGUCGAAAAACUAUGUCACCGAUGUUAAGACGAUAACCUUUAUCCACGAAUCAAUCGGCGAGCUGAUGCGAGCAGGGACUACCAGCAAACCGCUGAGUAUUUUCUGCCCUUUGGAGGAGCUGUACCAAUGGAGAAAGCGACUACACCGCCCCAGCCUCAGGUGCAGCUGUCACUAGCCAAGACCGACAGUCCGGCGGACGACGUCUCCGGCUUAUCCGAUGAGGACCUGCUUAAGUGGACCAAGGAGGACCUGGUGAGGCGUCUGAGACGCUCCGAGGCCGACAAGAUGAGCGUGAUUCUGGACCACGGAAAUCUCAUCCGAGAGGUCAAUCGCAGCUUACAGUUGCACUUGAACGAGAUCAGGGGGCUGAAGGACAUCAAUCAGAAGCUACAGGAAGACAACCGCGAACUGCGAGACUUGUGCUGCUUCCUGGAUGAUGACCGGCAAAAAGGAAAGCGAGUGUCCAGGGAGUGGCAACGUCUGGGCCGUUACAGCUCGAGCAUUAUGCGCAAAGAGGUGACCCUCUAUCUCCAAAAACUCAAGGAAUUAGAGCUUCGACAGGAGGAGGUCAUCCGCGAAAACCUGGAGCUCAAAGAGCUCUGUCUCCUCCUGGAUGAGGAUAAAGGAAUAGUAGGUGGAAGUGGAGGAAGUGGUGGGAGUGUUGGAAUAUGCGUGGGGUCCCGAAACUCCAUAGACAGUCAGAAUAGUUUGCUGCUGGUUCCCGGGCAGGGGCUCCUAAUGAGGGAUGUUGGGGAUGGGAGCAGCACCUCUAGUGCAGGGAGUGCUGACAGCUCAGAUCACCAUCAGCAUAAGCAAACUCACAUGGCUGUUGGAGUGGGCGGUCUCGGAAUUUCAGGGGAAAAAGGGAGUCCUGAGCUGACGCAUAAACCCAGAUGUAGCAGCAUCAGUGCCAUAGGAGGAGCAAUGGCAGACAGGGAGGUGCCUAGCCCUGACCACCCGGCUGGGCGCAACCGGAGCACCAGUCUGGAGUACCCGUACACUUUGCCCCAACUCUGUCGACCACGUUGCGGCUCGAUAUCAGUGCCUGACCACAGCCGGGCCAUGCGAGGCUUGAGCCCAGAGAAAUAUGGAAUGAACGUGGGACGGAGUAGUCCAGAGCAGCAUCCAAAGCACUACAGCUCUGACCUUGUUUUAGGCCAGAGGCAGCACUACUUGAGCCAGGGUGGCAGCGGUGACCUCUACCAGAGGCAUCACAGGAGCAGCAUUAGCAGUACCGGUUGUGAGAGCCCUGAGCCUCGACAUGCACAUUUAGGGACCGGUGAGCACGUUGAAAAAAGUUGUGCAGUCCAAGGGGGCAGUCCUGAGACUCAUAGGCACCAAUACAGUUUGAGUCCUGACCAUGGGAAGUUUGGCAGUCCAAUUAGAGACGCGCAGAGGAGGUCCGCUGGAGACGAGUUGUCACCCCAUCAUCGGAGCAUCUACAACGGAAUGAAUGUCUUCCCUCAUUCCUCCACGCCUGCGAAGAUAAACAGAUGGGCGGAAAGGUGCCGGCCGCAGUAUUGAUGGUGGCUUGAGGAAUCUUUAGGAAAGUAUGCGGUCAUAAGAGUGCCAUGAAUCUUUAAUGGGAGAUGUUUGUGAACGAAAGAGAGGAAGUGUGCUGAAAACAUGAUUAAAGACUCACAGGGAGGAAACCGUUGUCGGUCAGAGAGAGAGUGAGAUAGAGUCAGAGGUUUUAUUUCACUCCCCUCCCCCUGAAGGGUAACCCAUGGAAAAAAGGAUUUAUUUAUUUAUUUAUUUUUAAAAUGUUGGACUUGUAUUCAGAGUCAAAGCCAGAGAGUUAUACAAGUUAGUAUGGUGGCCAGAGUGAGACCAAGGGUAAUUUUCGGGUGACAAUACAAUACAUGCUGACAACAACCUGCUGAACGUAUAAAAGAGGCAAUUAUCGUAUAACAUAAAAUAGUAGCAGUCGCAUCACCGAUUCUGUAUAUGUGAUUUUUAUCCCCAUACACAAGAGGCCUGGCUCAGAUAAGAAAAAAAAUGGAAUUGUGCUGAAAUUGAAUGGAAAAAUCCGA